CGGCGGAGGCUGGAGCGGGAAGGCUGUAUUUUGAACAGUAAGCACUUAAAAUGUGUUGGCUAUUCGGACCCUCCAAUAUAGGGAAGAACUUUCACUUCUAAUAAUGUCAUGUAACAAAUAGGUUUAUUGUCCUAUUCACCGAGAAUCGGAAAAAACAUCCGCAGUUACAGUGGACGUGCGUUUGCUAGCUAACAUGAAAAGCAAUUAACCAGUUUCAGUUUUCUACAUCUCAAGACACAUAAACAGGUGGAUUUCCAACACAUCAUAUUGGCUCGCAAUGGCUUCCAAAGGCUGGCAACACCCGUAUGUCAACAUCUUUAAACAUCUGAAAGUAGAAGAGUGGAAAAAGUCGUCAAAGGAGGGGGAUGUGACAACAUACACGGACAAGACGCUGAAGUGCUCUGUGUUCAGGAUUAAGGGUCCUGUUCCCACCAACAGCUACAUCCUGUUACCCAAAAACAGCAGCCAGUCUUUGGGGCUGACGGGGAGAUAUCUCUACCUUCUUUUCAGGCCAACCCCUACCAAGUACUUUGUGGUCCACAUAGAUGUUACUGCAGAGGAAGGCCAGGUGGUGCGGCUGUCCUUCUCAAACAUGUUCAAGGAAUUCAAGUCUACAGCUACAUGGCUUCAGUUUCCUUACCUGUGUGGAGCAGCAAAGGAUUCAGUCUAUGAAAGUACAGCAAAGUCAGCAAGACAGGGGUUAAUAGGGCCUGCUCCGAUUUCAGUGCGUUGGACCUGUUUGAUGCUGGAUUUGGAGUGCAUGCUCCUUUCGUACCUCAACCGCAGCUAUAGUCACCUGAAGAGCAUUAAGCUUUGCGCCAACAUGGCAGUAAAAAACUUGUUUACUAGUGACCUCCUGCUCAAUCCUGGAGUUUCUUUCAGUGAAGCCAAACUGAUGGGUCUAUCCUCUUCUCGGGGUACAGGUCCUGUGCCAAGAGAGAUGGCAUUCCCUGUACCCAGGGGAAGCUCUUGGCAUGACCUGUAUGACUACAUCAGGUUCCCCUCUGAUGGAACAAAAUUACCAUUUGACUCCAUUCAAAAAGGAAGCCAAAGCCCAGAGCUUCGAUGGGCCUCCACACAAAAAAAACACUUGAGGCAGAAGUCUGACUGUUUUCAUCUCAGCAAACCAAUUCAAGAUCGUGUGUCGCUCAUCCAGCAGAUCACCACUCCCAAAUCGGUUUCAAGUAAUCAAACCCCUGUGGUGACCAGCAUACCCGAACUCGGCAUGGUGUCCACUCAUCGGAAAGAGGACGUGCUUAUUCAUAAUCAUAUCCAACACCAGCAGGACUCACCAGGGUCCAGCUCACACCAGGUCACUUCCAGGCCAUCAUGUGAUGCUGACAAUGGUGGGGUUCAUGUUUAUGUGCACCCUUGCGAGGAGCUCUGCAAACAGGGGGAUGAAAGUGAGGAGUAUUUUUGCACUGAUGACCCACAUGUUGUUCAUCUAUCAUCAUCCAAACAAACCAAACAAAAGCAGCUGCUCCCAGACCCAAUUCUCCACCUUCGCAGAAUCAUCGGUUUUGGAGGAGCCAACACCAAACAUGCCCUGUGGACCAAAUCAGGUGAUGAAGUAGUGUAUCCGUGCCAUGCAGUUAUCAUCUCGAUGAAUAUAUCAUCUAAACAGCAGAGAUUCUUCAUCGGCCACACUGAUAAGGUGUCUGCUUUGGCAUUUAAUGGGCACACAACACUGCUGGCCUCUGCACAAACUGGAAGCCAUGGUGUAGUUCGAGUGUGGGAUCACCAAAGUGGAAAUUGUCUUGCUAUGUUCAGGAUUCAUGCUCAUUCAAUGUCUGUCCUCAGCUUCUCAUACAGUGGAAGUAUUCUCUGUGGAGUGGGUAAAGACAGACACAGCAAAACUAUGGUGGUGGUGUGGAACACUCUGCAUGUUAAUAAGGAAGGAAUAGUGACGGUUUUAGCCAAAGCGCACACUGAUGUGGAUAUCCACACGAUGAAGGUUGCCUUCUUUGAUGAAACAAGAAUGGUGUCAUGUGGUCGUGACAAUAUUCGUCUAUGGCGAAUGCGAAAUGGGACUUUGCGCUCCUGUCCUGUCAACCUGGGUGAAUACCAUUCACUGGAUUUCACAGACGUCGCUUUUGAGGAAGGAAUCUCUUCUGGCCAUGUAGAUGAUCGAAUAUUAUUUGCCAGCAGCCGAAGUGGCCAUAUCUUUGAGAUUGACUACAGCAGAGUUGUUAUCAGAAAUGUCAGGAGACUGUUGCCUGCACAAGAGCAACAUGGAGACCGAAGGGAGAAGUGGACUUUUAAAACAGGUCCAGGCAUUGCCAUCAACAGCAUUAGUUUGUCUGCAUCAUUCUGUGCCACUGGCUCUGAAGAUGGCUUCCUACGGCUCUGGCCCCUUGAUUUUUCAUCUGUCUUCCUGGAGGCUGAGCAUGAAGGGCCUGUUAGUUUGGUGUCAGUUUCUUCAGACAGCUUGCAGGUCCUGGCAGCCACCUCUACUGGUAACCUGGGUUUCCUUGAUGUUAGCAGCCGUGGUUACAACACACUGAUGAGGUCACAUACGGACACCGUGCUUGGUUUCAGUUUAGAUGGCAUUCGAAGACAUCUCACAACAGCCUCUUCUGAUGGAACAGUGCGCAUUUGGAGCAUGGAUUCCCUCCAUCAGCUGUAUGACUUUGUAUCAGAAGACAACCCCUGUUCAGUGGCCUUUCAUCCCAGUGAGCAGGUCUUCUCUUGUGGCUUCAGCUCUGGCAUUAUAAGAGUGUUCGAUAUCUCUAGCGCCAAACUGCUAGUUGAACAUAAGCAUCAUAGAGGUGAAGUGGUGGGCCUUACCUUCUCUCCUAAUGGCGAGUUCAUGUAUAGUGCCUGCUCUCAGGGUUCUCUGGCACUCUACAACUCUUCUGAGGAAGACCACAAUGUGAUCCGAGUUGUGUGUAAUGUUGUGGCCCGUGGCACUGAGCGUGCUCCAGACGCUCUGACAGUGAGCAGCAACAGUCGCUGUCUGGCUUUUGUUGGUCCGUCAGAAUACAUUGUCACCAUUGCUGACGCACGGGCUCUGGAUGAGUUGCUUCAUGUUGACGUGAGUAUUUUGGAUGUGGAGAGCCCUCGUUUGGAUUCUGCACUGAAGGUCUGCUUUGCUCCAGCAUCUACUGAGCACGUGUUGGUUUCCACUUCAGCCAACAAGGUCUUGUGGAUUAGCACUAAAACAGGCCGUCUACUUCGAGAGGUGUCCAAGGUGCACAAAAAUCAGUGUUCAUCUUUGGCUGUGAGUGAGGACAACCGAUUCCUGCUAACAGCUGGAGACAAUGCUGUCAAAGUGUGGGAUUAUAGCAUGCAGCUUCAUAUUAAUUCACAGAUGUUUAUAGGCCACAGUGAGCCCAUCCGCCAGGUGAGCUUCACCCCUGACCAGCUGGCUGUUGUCUCAGUGGGAGACGCCAUAUUCUUCUGGGACUUCCUUGCACAUCCUGCUGACUCUCUGACGGAAAGCCGUUCCCCUCUCAGAGUGAACCACAGCUCUACUCGCAAAUCAGUUCAAUCUCCAGCUGAACUGACUCAAGCUCAGAUGUCCAACGGGAUGCCUCGACAGACAGCGCCCCUUCCCUCGUCACCACCACCACGGCUGGACAUCGGCAUCAUAGACCAAGCUGACCAUGAAGCUUUAGGCUCUUUGUCUCUUUGUGAGGAUGCCAUAAACAGCCCAAACAUCCCUGUCCUGUGCACUCGCUCAGGUCCCUCAUCUGAAUGCAGGCCUGCUACUUCAUACCUUAAAGUAACAGAGCUUGUCACGUCUUCUCAGCUAAACACUAGUCAUUUGGAUGCUGGUGAGAUGAAAGAUAAGGUGGUUCGUCCAGACUGUUACAGGCACUUUAUACCACGUUUCAAGACCUCCAGUUUGGAUCAGGCAUGUGUGACUCCUCAAACAGGAGAAGAGGGCAUGAGGCUUAAAGCAGUGAUUGGUUAUAAUGGCAAUGGGCGUGGCAACAUGGUGUGGAGCGCUGACAAAGGUUUAUUUGCAUACUCUUGUGGUUGUAUAGUAGUGGUGGAGUACCUUCAUACAGGAUCUCAGAAACACCUGCGUGGUCACAAUGAGGAGGUCUCUUGCCUUGCAGUUACAAAUGAUGCACAGACUGUGGCAUCAGCUGCUGGAGACAAUAGCAGUGACAGGUGCCUCAUUUGCAUUUGGGAUGUCCAAAGCGGAGCUUGUCGUAGCACUAUUUCCCACCACAGAGGGGCAGUGCAGUGUCUCGCUUUCUCCAGGGAUGACCGUUACUUGCUCUCUGUUGGAGACUUCAGUGAACCAGAGGUGGCUCUGUGGAGCACAAAGAGCUUCCAGUUGCUGUCCAGUGUGAGGGUAUCAGGGCCGAUCCAUGACGCAGCCUUUAGCCCUUCAACAGCCAGCCAACUGGCCUGUGUGGGCACCAUGGGAGUUUAUUUCUGCCUCCUCCUCUCUCAGGGUCUGGAUGUAGAUCUCAAGGUCCAGUGUGUGAAAGCGCCAGCUGAGGUGGGAGAUGUGGAGAUGACAGCUCUGUGCUACCACAUGGAUUCCUACUUGUUCACGUCCACAAAUAAAGGACACGUGUGCGUCUGGGACGUGAAGUCACUGCGCUGCUUCAUGAUGUGGGAAGCUGACGAGGGAGAGAUUGGAGUGCUGCAGUGCCAAGGGAACAGUCUGCUGACAGGCAGCAACACCCGCUGGUUGAGAAUGUGGGAAGUGGAAGCCGUAUGUGAUUCAAAGCCUGGCCAAAAAGUCUCCAAUGAAGAGAACAGUGAGACCACGGUGGGGUUGGAACAGGAGAUAAUGUUGGAUGGGACCAUGGUCAGUGCAGCAUUCGAUAACACAAUGGACAUGGGCAUUGUUGGCACCACAGCAGGAACCCUCUGGUACAUCCACUGGUCAGGCAACAGCAGCAUCCGUCUGGUCAGCGGACAUAAGGCCAAGGUGAAUGAUGUGGUGUUUAGCUCUAAUGAGAGUCAUUUUGCCACCUGCAGCGAAGACGGCAGCGUGAGAGUGUGGUCAGCCCCCAGCAAUGAACUGGUGGUGCAGUUCCAGGUCCUCAGCCAGGCAUGUGGCUGUGUCUGCUGGAGCCCCUCGGUGGAUAUGGACAGUGCAUGUGUGGCUGCAGGAUAUGGUGACGGGACCCUGAGGAUCUUCCGUCUUAUUUCCUCAGAGAUGGAGAUGAAGAUGCAGCCCCAUCGUGUGGCUGUCACUGCCAUCCAGUACUCCGCUUAUGGUCAUGUGAUCCUUUCUUCUGGGAAGAAUGGUCUGGUUGCCAUCAGCAGCCUGCAGAAUGGAGCCACGAUCCGCGUCAUCAGGGACCAUAAAGGAGCAGCCAUUACCACCAUCCAGUGUAUCAGUAAACAGAGCAAGAAUUUUGGACUAGAUGGGAAGGAGUUGUGGUUGGCUGCCAGUGUUGACAGACGUGUCAGUGUGUGGGUUGCUGAUUGGCUGAAGAACAAAUGUGACCUGCUAGACUGGCUGACAUUUCCUGCGCCGGCCUAUUUAGGGGAUGACAAGCCACCCCCCAGCCUGGCUGCCUUUUGCCCGACAGACCCCAGCCUGGUGGUCUAUACUGGUUUUGGAGUAGAGAAAGAGCUGUCCUUUUACAGUCUGGAUACAAAACAGAUUGUAAAAAAGAUCUCCAUCCCGCACUGGGCUACAUGCAUUAGCCUCUCCUCUAAGAAUCAACUCAUAGCUGUGGGUUCAAGAGAACGAGUGCUCAAGUUAAUCACAUCAAGCAGCGGCAGGUUCCAAAACUUCCUGCACAAUGACUCACUGCAGACGUGUCACUUUUCACCUUCUGGGACGCUCCUCUUCACUGUGGCUUAUAAUGAGAUUCUACUGUGGGAGGUGCAGGGCCUGUGACAGCCUUAUAGCCUUAUGUCUGAACUUUAAAACUUGUAGGUUUACUUUCUUUCACAUGUGCCUAAAGUUUUUGUAACUUCAAGUAAUCAUAUUGUGACCUCAGUUUUGAUUCAAAUAAUUUUUUAACUUAUUUUUUAGAUAAAUAGAUUAUAUUUUUAGGGAAAUGUUGAAUAUUUGACCAAUUUUCUUGUUUGUGGAUAGUUUUUUUUGUUUUUUGUUUUAAUUCAGCCAUAGAGGGGAUUGUUUUAUAUAUUUAGUUUGUCUUUUUGUGCUUUCUUCUCUUGUUUCUGUGCUGGGUAAAGUCAUUGGACUUGCAAUAAAAAGCACCAUGUAAAUUACUGUUUUAAAUUCUGUGCUGAGUUAUGUUCUUGUCCACCAAAUAAGUGAUCUGUACUGUCACUGAUCAGUAUAUGUAUGAGUGUUGAGUUUCCAUUUUUACCAAACAAAUAGCUCAUAGAAGUUACUAUAUAUCACUAAAAUCAUGUGAUCAGGCUUUCUAAUCUGAAAGACAUGGAUUCUGAUUACCAAGGUUGCAUCACUCAUGACAAUUUUCAGCUUUUUUACAACACAAUUACAAUUGAAUAAAAUGUACUAAACGUGGCUAUAGCAGCGCAAAAAUAUUAUUUAGAUACUUCAUAUCUGAUCCUUUAGUGCAGUACUUCACUACUUAUGGUUUUUGUUGCUAAAAGUAAACUCAUCUAUCAAUAUUAUGUGUAUGUUUAAAAGUAA